GUGGGCAUCUCCAGGUAAGCAUUAUUACCACUCUCCCCUCCUUUCUUCUCCAUAAAUUCAGACCUCAAAAAAAAGAAAAAACAUACCUCAACAUUGAUCAUAUUCAUCCCACCAUGGCGAUGUCUUCCUGUCUUUUCCGACCACAACUCUCUACCCCAAUUAAGUUGCGUGUCUCUGAUCGGAAAAGCAGCCUCCGCCGUACAAUGGUGCCGCCGGAACCCUACCGGAGAUUCCUCCGCCACUCCACAAUAUCCGUCGCUAUCCGACGAGAUUCCGCAAUACAUGCUUCAUGGCUGCCGAGUUCGCAGAUCGCUGGCAGCGCAUUUACAUGGGGUACCGUUGCCGUUCUCCCGUUCUACACCUUAAUGGUCGCCGCGCCCCGAUCUGAAUUUACAAAAAAAGUGUCGGCAAGCAGCGCACCGUUCGUCAUCCUCGGCGCAUUGUACGGUUACCUACUUUACUUGUCGUGGACGCCGGACACUGUCCACUUAAUCUUCGGCAGCAAAUACUGGUUACCCGAGCUUCCAGGUAUCGCGACAAUGUUCUCCUCUGAAAUGACACUGGCUUCGGCCUGGAUUCACUUACUGGCCGUGGAUCUUUUCGCCGCGAGAAAAGUUUACUUCGAGGGGGUGGAGGAGGGUUUGGAGACGAGGCAUUCAGUGACACUCUGCCUGAUGUUCUGCCCCAUUGGAAUUCUUGCACACAUAAUUACCAAAGCCGUGGCUGCAAAACGGGGGAAAACAGAGAGUGGGAUUCAUAGAUAAAAGCCAUGUUAUGUUCAGACACAGAGAUGCAGAUUCAGACAGCUCUAGAUUCUUAGCCAUUUCUUUAUUGAUAUAUUGUGAUUUUGGAGAAAUGAUUGAUUGUGUCGUUUAGAUGCCAAACAUGGGGUUUGAGGAAGAUGAAUUUUUAUUUGUAGGGUUGUCGGAUUACUUGCUGCUGCGGUUAGAUUCAGUAUUGACCGGACCUCUGGUUGUGUAAUACUCAUUCAAGCAUACUCCAUAUAUUUUAAUCAGUAUUUAGGAAUUCAAAAAAGAAUUGUUAUUAGACUAAAA